AUGGCUCGCCGGCUCGUACGAGCGGGCUUACAGCUCGGUGUUUUCACAGCAUUCGUUCUCCUUGUGGUUCUGUUUCUCGACAAUCAAUUCAGCGUCCUUCCUACCUCCAUCCAUGGCCACCUUCCGAUGCACUACUCCGGCUUCGUGAUCACCGAUGUGACAGUAACCACAUGCUCCGCGCUCAAUCCAUUUUCGAAUUGCAACCUUGACCCAGACGCCUGGCACCGUAUCGACAAGGACCUAUACUUGCGCUCGGGCUGGACCUCGACAGCUUAUGUCCAAUUUCAACGAAAGAAGGAGGAAGAUUUGGGCCCUGACGACAAGGUUGUCAUUGACUUGAAAAUUGGUCGUGUCACUCCCCCAGUUGAAGAUGUCGGUAAGGGGGAAGUGGAAGUCUGGGAAUCCCGUCCUGGUGGAAUCUGGCUGAAACGGACCGCUUCUCGUCAUGCCAGCGACUCGGGACAAGCAGUAACUUAUGUUGACGUCCUUUUCGGUGCGGAUGCAGUGGAUCCUCGUCCUAAUUGGGAAAUCAAAGACAUGCCCUUAUUGUUGGAUGGUUGGACGGAAAAGCUAGAGACUCGACUGAGCAUCCGUCGUGGCAACCCGGUCAAGAAGUUGAAGCCCGUUCCCAGAAUCAACGAAAAUGGAAAAUUCAAGGUCAUGCAAUUGGCGGAUAUUCAUUUGAGUACAGGAACUGGCCACUGUCGAGACCCUAUCCCGAUUGAACCUGUGGUUGGACAGAAAUGCGAGGCUGACCCGCGGACCUUGGAGUUCAUUGAGCGACUUCUCGAUGAGGAAAAGCCAGAUCUUGUCAUUCUUUCAGGCGAUCAGGUCAACGGCGAGACCGCUCCAGAUGCCCAAAGUGCUGUCUUUAAAUCUGUCAAACUGCUUGUCGACCGCAAAAUCCCCUACGCUGUCAUUUUUGGCAACCAUGACGACGAAGGCGACCUCAACCGCGAACAACUCAUGGCUCUUUAUGAAAAUCUCCCCUACUCUCUUUCCACAGCUGGACCCGAAGAUAUUGACGGAGUCGGCAAUUAUAUCGUUGAAGUCCUCGACCGCGGCACCGGCACGCACUCUGCUCUUACCUUUUACCUUCUCGACACUCAUUCCUAUUCCCCCGACGAACGCCAGUUCCGAGGCUAUGACUGGAUCAAGCCAAGUCAGACCCGCUGGUUCAAAAACACCGCCCAAAGCCUGAAACGAAAACAUCAGGAAUAUACCCAUAUACAUAUGAACAUGGCAUUCAUUCACAUUCCAUUGCCCGAGUAUCGGAGCAGUGGCAAAUAUUUCCACGGCUCGUGGGACGAAGCCCCAACGGCACCCGGAUUCAAUUCAAACUUCAAGUCUGCUCUCGAAGAAGAGGGCGUUCUCUUUGUCAGCUGUGGACACGACCACGUCAACGACUACUGUAUGCUCGAGCAAGAUGAAAGCGAGCAACCCUCUCUCUGGAUGUGCUAUGGCGGAGGUAGCGGUUUUGGAGGCUACGGUGGCUACAACGACUAUGUUCGCCGUGUCCGCUUCUUUGACUUCGAUAUGGGCCCCGGCCGUGUCACAACUUACAAACGCCUCGAGUGGGGCCAAACCGAAGCCAAGAUCGACGAGAUGAUGAUUGUCGACGGUGGUGCCGUCAAAGGCCCAGAUUCAUCAAAUUAA